UCCAACAUCAGCCUCGUCUCAGACUUUGGAUACCUCAUGAGGACACACUUGAAGCUUCCACUUCAUUGUGUGCUUUUCACUCGUCAAUCAAACAUGCCACCACGAACGAAUGCAUGUGCGACUUGUCGUAAGAAACGAAUCAAAUGCGAUGCUACUCUCCCAGAAUGCCUCAUGUGUAUCAAAUUCGGACGGCAGUGCCCCGGGCCCGGAAACGGUCCCAUCAUCAUCGACAUGACCAAACCAAACGUUAGAAAGUCAAGAAAUAGCAAAAAAACUCAAGAAGGGGUCGAAGUUCAAUCUGACAUGUCUAUGUACUAUCUGCCAGAGCUCAGACAAGGACUUGCUAUGCCUAUUUCCCAACGACACGCUAUGAGCCAAUUAUUCUACGAUAGGUUUCUCGUCUACUUUACUUCUAGCGGAGAAAGCGAUGAUAUCCUGAAUCGGUUAACCUGGCUUCAUCGACUACCUGUCUUAGCGACAGAUGGGAGCAACGAUGCGCUUGCGCUCGCACUGUAUGCUACAGCAUCUGCAUUCAGCGGUAUGAAGACUCGGAAUAUAUCUCAGAUUCAAGACUCCUGCAAUAUCUACGGGAAAGCUUUGCAAACACACAGUCGGAUGAUUCGAUCGAAGAAGCCUGUCACUUUGCACACAGUUUCGACGUCUGUUCUUUUGAGCAUCUUUGAGGCCAUGAACGCCACAUCGGCAACAGCAUAUCGCGAGCAUGUCAGCGGUGCUGCGAGGAUGAUUCAGUUAGCUGGACCAGAGUAUUGCCAGUACGGCAUCCUGUGUCAGCUUUAUUUUCACAUCCGAACACAAAUGGCAUUUGUGUACCUCACCACUCAUAAGAAAGAAGACGAACUUGUUCCCGUGGAACUGGUACUCAGGGAAAAUCUCUUCUACGAGAAGAUACCCAUUUUCCAACGAUUGGUCACCUUCAUCACGCGUUUAUCCGAGAUUUAUAUCGGUAUCGAUGAAGGCAAAGCGAACCAAGCCCAUGCGCUGAAUCUGGAGAUAUAUAUGGAAGUUAAGAACGGCAUCGACGAGCUGUGGCAAGAGUUUAGAGAGACCUACGAGACAAAAGGGCGAACAAUCCAGUGGGAAAACGAACAAGGAGCUACCAUGUAUCACAGUCCUUUCACAGCACUCAGCAUCGCGUUCUUCGCAACCGCACACAACCUGUUCCACAUUCUCGCCCCACACCUCACCGUCAGCUACCUCGACUUCACAGAUCACUUCCAAAAGGUUUUGGAUGCAUCAGCUUUCCUUCGAGCCUUUAAAAUCGGGUGCGCAUACAUGCGGCUGGCAGCACCGCUUUAUCUGGUAGCGCUGCAUGCCCCCAAGCAGAGCCAAAGACACACGGCCAUAUUGUAUUUCGAAGAGUGGAAGAAGAUUGGGAUGGGUGGUAUCAGUGCGCUGGCUCUGGACGGCAUAGCUGCCAGGAGUCCUGAAUAUCGGCAACGGUUAUCAGCCACAGGACGCAGAAGACGAUCGAUCCAGUAUCCAACCAUGGACAUGUGCGACCGGACGAGGGACCUCGAGGAUUAUGCAGACCAGGUGCAACAAGAUAGUUCGAUACCUUCUGUGAUGUUGCCAGAAGGGACAAGAAUACCUAUAGCGCCGCUAUGAGAACUGAGCAAGUGGGUGUAUGUUAUGAUCCUAGGUGCUGACAACGACCACGAGAUACAUAGAUGCGAUUGCAACUUUCGAGGAUCUACUACGAAGAAUGUGUGUAGCCUUAAGCGUAUCGAUAACAAGGAAAUCUUAGUUGGAACAGAAAUCGGAAGCAUAUGUGAGGAGGUUUAUGUAACGGAGUAAGACAAGAGAGCAGAUUCGUGUCUCUUAGGCGGAAAGACUUCGCAAUCGUGAAAAGGUCUGAAACAUUGUAUAUGGAUAUAUCAAAAGCAAGGAGGUAUUCGUGUAUUGCAUCCCUGGCCUCUGGUGCUGAAAGCAAAACUCCUUUUUUU